AUGAAGCAAACAAUGUGGGUGGAGAACCAAACUUUUGGGACUAAUUUCAUCCUGUUGGGGCUCUUUAGCCAAAGCAAACACUCUGCUAUCUUUUACUCAUUGAUAUUCAUUAUUUUCAUAGUAGCUCUGACCGGGAAUGCCACUUUGGUUCUUUUGAUUCAAAGUGAUCCUCACCUCCACACUGCCAUGUACUUCUUUAUCAGUCAGCUUUCCCUCAUGGAUAUGAUGUAUAUCUGUGUCACUGUGCCCAAGAUGCUCUUGGAUCAGGUAACUGGGAUUCAUCAUAUUUCAUCCCCAAGCUGUGGAGUUCAGAUGUUCCUCUAUUUAACACUUAUGGGAGCAGAAGUCUUCCUUUUGGCAGCCAUGUCCUAUGACAGGUCUAGAGUGAAGGAGGAUAUUUGCUGAUAAGUAAUGUGAGAAGCAUGACCUUCCUCUAAAUA